AGAGAACGGACGCCGCGCCCUCUGAAGCCGAAUUCCAGCCGCGAGUGUUCGAACGAAUUCGAAACCUGAAACGUGCAUGUUCCGUGAUUUGACUUUUCACUUUUUUACGUGUGCGUACGAGUAAUUCCACUCCACGGAAUAGCCUCCCGAUGGGAACCAACACGAGGAGUUGAAGCGAGAUGACUGCGCGGGGAGGUAGCAACGAGGGCUGUCACCAUGUAACAUUGUAACAUGAAUCUGGGCAGCGUCAUCGUUUACAUCACAGCCCUGCUCUGGCUGCACCUCACUGACGCGAAACUUGGUUACUUUUGGCACAUCACGGACUUCCACUAUGACCCGUUCCACAAUUCGCCGGAACUGCACAGAGGCUGCAAGCACAGUCGGAACAACAACGAGCAUAGCCAUCGCAACGGCCGCCACCGCGACCACACGUGCGAUAGCUCGUGGCGCCUGAUACAGAGCGCCGCGGCCUUUAUGGCCGAGCGACAUCCCGACACGCUGGAGUUCGUGCUUUGGACUGGGGAUAUCCUCUCCUCAUCAAUGGAGCAUAUGCCAGAGGAAUACAAGUUGGAAGCGGUCCGCAACGUGACGGAGUUGCUCAGUCGGACGUUCAGCAGCCAGUUCGUGUUCCCAGCGUUGGGCCACAAUGACCCACCGCCUUCGAGGAGGCUGGUGGACAUGUGGAUGCAGUGGUUGCCCACGGAUGCGCUGAAUACUUUUGAGACAGGAGGAUACUACACAAUAGACCAGUCUCACACCAAACUCCUGAUAGUAGUGCUCAAUAGUGUACUCUGGGCCGGCGGUGCAGCCAGGACUGAUGGCCCCCACUCUCACAGGGGGAGGGCGCAAUGGGAGUGGCUAGAGAAAGUCCUUUUAAAGGCUAGGACGACCAAUAAAAUGGUUUACCUAGUAGGUCACGCGGGUCCAGGAGUGGAAGAACGUCAUAACGCUGGUAGUUCUUCAGCAUCAGGUGGAGGGGAGCUGACUCCAUCAGCCAAUGGCAGACUGCUGCAUAUCAUAAAGGCGUUCAGCGAUAUCAUUGUUGGGCAGUUCUAUGGGCAUCGGCAUGCGGACACCUUCAGGCUCAUUUAUAGAGAAGGGCGUCCAGUGUCAUGGGCUUUUCUGGCUCCUUCAGUCACUCCAAGAGGUGCGGGAAGCAUAUCAAAUCCAGGAUUAAGGUUAUAUAAGUUUGACUCCAAUACUGGAAAGGUAUUGGACUAUACGCAGUAUUAUUUAGAUGUAACCAACUCCAGGGGGGAAGUCCACUGGGCCAUAGAGUAUAAUUUGACGCAGUAUUACGGGCUGAGGGAAGUGAGUGCGAACUCUCUGGAAGUCUUAGCCGAUAGGAUAAGGAAUUACAAUGAUCGAGGAGUGUUUUCUAAAUACCUAACAGCGUUGCGCGUGCGGCACAACCACGAUGUAUCGGACUGCGACUCUGCGUGUGCGCACGUCCACUACUGCGCGAUCACCAGAGCGGACUACCACGAGUUUCGCGCGUGCGUCCGCAACCCGGCGUCGGCGCUGGCGUCGCGCGCGCCUCAUACCUCUGCCGCCAUCUUGUUGUACGCCAUUUUGAUUUUGAUUUCGUCGUAAAGUUUCAUGUUAGUUUGAUUUCCAUUCUUGAUACUUUUGGCAUCAGUUUUACGGAUUUUUUUAAUCAAGAAAACUAAAAUAGUUCCAAUCAGACAUUCAACUAUAGUUAAAAAUUAAAAACUAGAGCUCAACCUACCUUCUCUUGAUCUGCUAAUUCAAAUGUCACGCGUGACUGCUAUUGUAUCGAUAUAAAAAAGUAUCAAAAAUGUUAAUCCUCGUAGUAAUAAUUGACAGAGUUAGUACAGUACAGUCAGUUGCACAAAAUUUGGUACACUUUUAAAACUUUGAAAGUUCUACAAAGUGUCUAGGUUUCAGUGCAUUUGACUCUACAUCAGUGUUAACUAAGGAUUAAGUGUAAAGCUUACUAUGGUAACCGAUCUCAUUGGAAUACUUCAAUUUUACCCAACUGAUUCUCACUUUAUAUUAUUUUUAUAAAGCCUUCAGAUUGUUGUAGAAGUAAAAUAUAAUAGAUAUGUACCUACUUGUGUAAAAAUUAAUGGUUGAACUAGUUCAGAUGUAAGAGAUUAUUGUAUAGAACUUAUACUCUUCAAUGUAACUAGAGUUUAAUUGUAUUUAUGUGAUUCUCGUCGCUAUUUGAUUGUGAUAUAACUAAAUUUUGUAUAUAAAAGUAAGCGAACUGAAAUCAAUGUAAGAAAAUAAAUUGGGACAUUUAUGAA